GAUGGCACAUUCGCUCGAUGGCAUCGGUUCGGAUUGGAGCAGCAGGCGAGCGCAUUGUUUUAUUAUCCACUUUAUCACCAUUUAUUGUUAUUGCCUUUGUGGUCUUUUAACGUUCGAUUCACUGUUUGGUACUAUUUAGUACAGCUAAUGCCAUCAUACUCAAACAGUUCUAGUUGGUAAAAUAUGAAAUAACAAAAGCAAAAACAAUAGUGAUAGUGACAGCACCGAAAACAUCGACAACGACGGCAGCGGUUUAAUACCAUUGACAGCGUUUUGAUUCGGCGAAUAUUUCGCUAUCGGACUACUAUCACAACGCUAUCGUAAGGCGGCAACGCAUAUCAAAGCGCUGCGACGUUCAGUGUGGUGCAGUGUAGUAGUGUCAAAUUAGAGUAAUAUAGAAUCGCGGUAGUGACGAUUAAAAGUCUGUACAGCAAACGAAAACGCAAACGGCAGCAGUAGUAACAGCAACAGUCGUCUGRCAGUCAGGCAGUGAGUUAGACAGUUGUUCAGAGCUGCGGCAGCGUUCGUAACGAAAUCUCGGUUUGGUGGCAUUGACGCUAAUAAAUUUGAUUAUUAUUAUUAUUGUCGCUAUUACUAUUAUUUUAACGAUUAUUGUGUUGAUUGUGGUUGUCGUUCGUAGUGUUAUGUUGAUGACGUUUCUAUGAGCCGGGUUGGCCAAUUGUUUUUGACAAAGUAUGCAUUGUGAAAAAUAUCAAAUAUUUGUGAACUAGGAAAAUAAMAUUAAUACAAACUUUAAAAGUGCAAACUUAUAGAGCAAACAAUAAAAAAAAAUGUUGGUGAUAGAAAGUGGUUUAUAUAGAAACAGUAAUCAAAUUAAAUGGAAUUAAUAAAAUUUACAACAUCAAUUACGAGUGGACAUUAACCGUGAUAUAACUUUUGGUGCAAUUAUUAUAAUAUUCACGUUUAUUUUGGUAAAAAAAAUACACAAAUGAGAUAAAUUAAAUUUAAUAAAAUUAUGCUAAAACAAAUGACAACUCAAAGGGAUUAUGUAGGUUUGUGUCAGAACUUAUUGUAGAAAACCAAACGACCGAAAUUUGAAAUUAAGUGAAUCCAAACAUACUACUUCUCUUGAAAAUAAAAUACUAAGCAAAAAUACCUUACCACGGCAAGUGACUCCAACCAAAGCUAAAGCCUAAUCAGGUUUAGCUUUUCUCCCGAGACAACACUACAACCGCCAAAAUUCUUACCGCUGGCAGUAUGAAUUCCUACUUUGAACAGGCUUCGGCUGGUUUUUAUGGCCACCCGCAUCAGACAUCCGGUAUGACAAUGAGUACUGGAGGUCACCAUGAUCAGACAGCUACAGCGGCCGCAGCCGCUUAUCGUGGCUUUCCGCUGUCUUUGGGCAUGUCGCCUUAUGCCAAUCAUCAUUUACAACGCACCACACAGGAUUCUCCCUACGACGCAAGUAUAACAGCGGCUUGUAACAAAAUUUACAGUGAUGGCGCCUACAAACAGGACUGUCUUAAUAUCAAAGCCGACUCCGUAGUCAAUGGUUAUAAAGAUAUCUGGAAUACCAGUGCGAAUGGUGCGAGUGGCGGUGGUGGUUCUGGAGGUGGUGGUGGCUCAGGCGGUGGUUCUAACGGGUCAAAUAAUAAUGGACAGAACAAUCCUGCUGGUGGCAUGCCAGUGCGUCCAUCCGCUUGCACUCCAGACUCCCGUGUUGGUGGAUACUUGGACACUUCAGGUGGAAGCCCGGUAAGCCAUCGAGGUGGCAGUGGUGGCGGAAGUGGUGGAACUGGUGGUGGAGUCGUUGGUGCCGGUCAAGGUGGCGCUGGAGUUGUUGGCAGCGUAGGCGGUGUUGGUGUUGGCGGUGGUGUAGGAGUUGGCGGUGCAGGAACCGCAUGGAAUGCAAAUUGCACAAUUUCUGGGGCGGCAGCGGCUCAAAGUGCUAGUAGCUUACAUCAAGCCACCAAUCAUACUUUCUACCCGUGGAUGGCUAUCGCAGGUAAGAUAAGAUCAGAUUUAACACAAUACGGCGGAAUAUCAGCAGACAUGGGUAAGAGAUACUCAGAAUCUCUUGCGGGCUCACUUCUUCCGGAUUGGCUAGGUACAAAUGGCCUCCGAAGACGUGGCCGGCAAACGUAUACCCGCUAUCAGACGCUCGAAUUGGAGAAAGAAUUCCACACCAAUCAUUAUCUGACCCGCCGUCGAAGAAUCGAAAUGGCGCACGCACUCUGCCUCACCGAACGACAGAUUAAAAUCUGGUUCCAAAAUCGACGAAUGAAAUUAAAAAAAGAAAUUCAAGCCAUUAAAGAACUCAACGAACAAGAGAAACAAGCGCAAGCGCAGAAGGCGGCAGCACAAGCGGCGGCGGCAGCGGCGGCGCAAGCGCAACACAUAGGCGAUCAAAACUAGGAAAAAUCAACUACAAAUUAUUCAUAUUACAAAAAUAAUUGUAAUAGCUAUAACCCUGAUGCUAAUAAUAUUUUUAACAAUAACUUUACAUCCAAUACAUUAUUAACAACUGCAAAAAGAAGCCUAACAACAACACCAACUCUGGGUUCCCAUGCAACCAUUUGCAAUAGCAUAAUGUCAACAUCAUCGUCAGCUUUGAUGCCGAUGUCGAUGUCGUUACAUUUGUCCACGCCAUCAUUGUCCGUAUCUCCAUCACCCGCAUAUCACGCACUCUCCCACAGGGCAAAUGCAAAUGCGAAUAAUUUUAUCGAUAGUUUAGGCAAUGCUAACAUUAAGUAUAAUCGAUUAAAUUUUAUUUUAAACCGAAAUAUUUACGAGUAUUCCGCAAUGAGUAGUGCGCAUAAGCCUUACUGAAUUUCUAUAUUUUAGCGCGGAGACCUUAUAUGCAUGUAUKCGGAUGUAGAUCACUUAUAUUGUUGCUCUCAAGUUAUGUUUAAUUUCUAAUUUUUUAUUGUUAUUUGCAAAAUUUCGAAAAAUACUACAUUCUAUACAAAGUCGAGGAAAUCUUAUUUUACAAAUGUUAUAUGUGACUCGGCCAACUAAUAUAUUUAUUUCUUCAAUAUAUUUAUGUGUCUUCUUAUUAAAUGUUUGUUAUUGAUAAUAGCUUGCAUGUUCAAUCAAUGUUUGUAAUUCCCUAAAUUUAAAUCUGCGUACAAACAAAUGCUGCAAAAUAUAAACGCUUGUUACGUAUUCUAUUGAUGUGAAUUUUAAAUUAUUAUUGCCAUUACUCAAGUAAGCAAAAUAACAUAUUUUUGUCCAAUUUAGUUAUUAUCAUACUUUAUCGUCUAUAUAGCCUUUUAGAUACUCUUAAAAUGAAAUCGGAAAUCACAAUAUCAUAUAAGUGUUAGUUGUGUCUAUCAAUUAUUUGGUGUCAAGAAAUAGAGUUGCUUAGAUAAAUUUCUUAGCGAAAAAAUUUGUUUCAGUUUUUCUUUAGCGAAUUUUCUUUAAUUGGAACUAUUUUAGCAGCAUACCUUGCCAUAAAAAAAAAAAAAAAUUUGUUAGAAACUAUUUUCCUUAUCCCUUUAACAUUAAGGUUUCAGUAUCUGUAAAAGCUGAUAUUACCACAAAACAGAAAUACAAUAUUUAUUGUCUAUUUAUUUGUGAUCUCGUAAUAAUAUCUCGUAUAAUAUAGCCUACUUUAAUGUUUUUGUUGUUAAACAUCAGUACAACUCCAGUAACCAUAAUUCACGGUGGAUAAUUUUGAGUAAUUGUUUUAUUCUUCUUAUUUAAAAAAAUAGUAAUACAAACCCUUAAAUUAAAAUAUACAUAUUAAUGGGACUUCGGCAAUGUAGACACCUGCCGUUCCAUGUGGAGAAUUCACUAAUUUUAAGUGCAAUAUUUUGGUAGUAGCAUAUGAUGAUUUAGUAAUAUGUUUAACAAAGAAAAUAACUGCAAAACGAAAAAGACAAAUGAAAUAUUAAAGGAAAAAUAAGUUUGUGUCAUGAAUAUUAUGUGUGUAUCAAAAUUUCAUUAUUUACUGAGUGAUUGGCAAAAUAGUAUAWGUGCUCGUAACUUUUAUUUAGAAAGAUUUAUGUAUGUUUAUACUUAGACAUAAUUAUAGCAUUUCAAAAUCACAAAGCACAUUUUAAGUAACGAAAUAAUAGAAUUUAUGAUUAUAACAUCGAUAAUUCCCAAUUUAAAAUCAAAUAUUAUAUUAUCGUAAACCGAUUUAUUUUCUAAAAUUUUGUGUCAUUAAAGCAACUAAACAAAUUAAAAAUAUAUUUCAAYUCAAGAACUCAGCCAAGAACAUGAAGCUUCGUCGAAAAUGCAGUUAUGUAAUAUAUAAAUGGAAUACAUUGAAAGUAUACUAUAGUACUUAAAAAUGUAAGUUAAGGAAUUUAACUUGCAUAAUAAAUAAGUUAUUUUGUAAAAAACAAAAACCUUUUAGAACCGAAGAGGGCCAACUUUUCAUAACCCAACAAAAUCCUUCAACAAAAUGUAUACGUAAUUAGUGAGUAAGUGCAAAUAAUUUUAUUGAAAAUAACUAAAUAUUUUUAAAAUUAUACAUAAACACAAAUCCAUAAAAACAAAAAUARUAUAAAUAAACUGUGAAACCAGAUACGUAAAAAAAAGAUUGCAUUUUCAUGAAAAUAUUUACUAAACUAUACAUAUAAUAUAUGUGUAUAUACAUAUAUAUUAAUAGAUUCAUGAAUCUCAAAGGAAGAUAAGUUUAUUGUGGAGUUUAAUAUUUAUUCUAUUUUAUUAAAUGAAUAAAAGUAAGUAGCAAUAAUUAAAGGACAAAUAUACGUAAUUUGAAAGUAACUGAUUGUGAGGCAUAAACAAAAAGAAAAUAUUUAUGAGAAAGCUAGUUAAGAGAAACAAUAAUACAUGAGCGCUUGCAAAUAUUUAUUUAUGUAUGUAUGUAUGUAUGUAUGUAU